AUGGAGAAGAAGCGGGUGGUCAUCGUCGGAGCAGGCGUCAGCGGCCUCACGGUGUGCAAGCACCUCCUGGAGCUCGGCUGCCAGCCGACCGUCUUCGAGGCCGACACCAUGCUCGGUGGUGUGUGGGCGCGCGCCAUGGCCAGCACCAAGCUCCAGACGCCGCGGUCCAUGUACCAGUACUCCGACUUCCCGUGGCCGGAGAGCGUGACGGAGGAGUUCCCGAGCCACCGCCAGGUGGCGGCGUACCUCGACGCGUACGCGCGCCACUUCGGCGUGCUCAGCUGCGUCCGCUUCGGCCACCGGGUGGCCGGCAUGGAGUACCACGGCGUCGGCGAGCAGGCCAUGGCCGCGUGGGAGGAGUGGGCUGGGAACGGCCAGGCGUUCGGCUCCGGCGCCGGCGAGUGGCAGCUGUCGGUGGCCGACGCCGACGGCCACGUGGAGACACACAAAGCAGACUUUGUCGUUCUGUGCAUAGGGAUGUUCAGUGGUGUGCCCGACAUACCCACAUUCCCAGCAGGUAAAGGUCCAGAAGUAUUUGAUGGGCAGGUGAUCCACUCCAUGGAUUAUGCCAAAAUGGGCACAAGUAAAGCUAAGGAGAUGAUCAGGGGCAAGCGUGUGACUGUCGUUGGCUACAUGAAAUCUGCACUUGAUAUUGCCACUGAAUGUGCCGAAGUAAAUGGCACUGCUCACCCAUGUACAAUGGUGGUCCGGACAAAGCACUGGAUCGUACCGGACUACUCCGUCUGGGGCAUCAAUGGCAAAAACUUCACUCUCAACCGUUUCUCUGAACUCCUCAUCCACAAGCCUGGCGAGGGCUUCCUCCUGUCGAUCUUGGCCACUCUCCUGACUCCCUUGAGGUGGGCGUUCUAUAAGUUGGCCGAGAGCUACUACUCCAUCCCAAUGAAGAAGCACGGCAUGGUGCCUGACCACAGCCUGUUCCAUGCGCUGGCUGCGGCCUUCAUCUGCGUUUCACCCAAGGACCACUACAAGAGGCUGGAAGAAGGCAGCAUCAUGCUCAAGAAGUCCAAGACAUUCAGCUUAUGCAAGGAAGGCGUGCUCGUGGAGGGCGAGCCGUCGCCGGUCAAGAGCGACGUGGUGAUCUUCGGCACCGGGUUCAAGGGCGACGAGAAGAUCAAGGACAUGUUCACUUCAGAGUACUUCCGGAGUGUCGCGAUUGGGUCAGAAUCCACUACUGUGCCUCUCUACAGAGUGCAUAAAUCCUGCAUAAAGAUACCUCAGCUCGCCGUGAUCGGAUAUUCUGACACCCAUUCGAACAUCUACGCCUCCGACAUUCGCGCCAAGUGGUUGGCACGCUUCUUGGACGGCAGCUUCAGACUACCGAACGUCGCGGCAAUGCAGAAGGAUGUGCUCGAAUGGGAGAAGUACAUGAAGAGAUACUGUGGAAGAUACUUCCGCCGGUCCAGCAUCAUGAUCCUGAACACUUGGUACAACGACCAGCUCUGUCGUGACAUGGGGUGCAAUCCUUGGAGGAAGAAAGGGUUCUUUUCGGAACUGUUUGAGGUCUAUGGCCCUGGUGAUUAUGCUAACCUACUCUCCAACUCCAAGUCCAAGGAACACUAG